UACCCUGUGACACCACUCACCCAUACCAUACAAAUAGUCAACAAAUUCAUCACAACCCUUCAAUCCUCAUCAAUCAAUUAUUAUCUUAUAAAAAUAAAUCAUACAUUUUUGUGUUAUAUAUAUCCAACACCAACCAACCAUAAACCUAUUGAUUCAAUCCACAAAGUUAGAUUAGAACAACAAAAAGAAAAAAUGGAAGUGUUGUCACAUAGUCCUAAUCAAAGUCCUACAAUGAGUCCUACAAUGGAUCAUUUUAAUUUCAACAUGCUUUCACCUUAUCUAAGUGCACCUUCUUCACCAAAACGUUUUGGUGAAGCUUUUUACUUAAGUGCCCCUACUAGCCCAUCAAGAUUUUUCUCACAAUUUGAAGAUGAAGAUGUUGGAUUUGCAUUUUCUGUUAAUAGAGAAUCAGAUUCAUCACCUCGUUCAGCUGAAGAACUUUUCCAUGGUGGAAAAAUCAAACCUUUAGAAUCUGCUACAUCACCUCUUUUAUCACCAAAUAGAGUCAAAAAAUCUCCAAUUUCAAAAGGGAAAAAAGCUAUAAUCGAAGCUUUUUCACCAAAGAACAAAAAAGAUUCAUCUUUGGAAAGAAGAGGAAGAGAUAGAACACCAGCUUCUGAAUUUUCAAAUUCUGGUAGAAGAGUGACACGUUCACAUUCUCCAUACAGAACAUCAAAAUACACAUGGGUUGAAGAACAACAACGUAAUCAUCAACAACAACAACAACAACAUAGUAACAACAAAGAAGAUUCUGUUGAAGCUGUUCCUGUUACAAAUUCAUCAAAGAGUUCUAGGAUAUGGAGAUUAAGAGAUUUUUUGCUAUUUCGUAGUGCAUCAGAAGGAAGAGGAACAAGUAAAGAUCCAUUCAUAAAAUACCCUGUUUCAUAUAACAAGAAAUUAUCUGAAGAAGGUAAAGUUUUAUCAUCAAUUCCACCAAUUCCAAGGUCUAGAAGAAAGGAAAAUGGUGUUUCUGCACAUGAAUUGCAUUAUGCUAGAAAGAAAGCUGAAUCUGAAGAUUUGAAGAAGAGAACUUUCUUGCCUUAUAAACAAGGGAUUUUGGGUAGGUUGGCUGGUUUAGGAUCAAACACAAGAUGAAUGUCAUGAAUUUUCUUCAUUCAUUCAUUCAACCUCUCAUAAUUUAUUUUUUUCAUGCAUAAAACAAAAUGUAAUUCUUUUAUUGAAAUUUAGAAUAUACAUCAAAUUUUUGAUACAAUUUUAUCUUAUUCUUAUUAUAUGAAUUAUUAUUUUUUGUUCGA